AAGACAGACAUGGAGACCAAAGUGGAAGAGAGGGAACAGUGGAGGAAGAAAAGGGAAUACAUUCUGGCAGUUGCAGGGAAUGUGGUGGGCCUGGGCAACGUGUGGAGAUUCCCAUACCUGUGCUAUAAGAAUGGAGGAGGUGUCUUCCUCUUGCCUUACCUCUUCUUUGCUGUGCUGUGUGGUGUGCCACUCUUCCUGCUAGAGACUGUUAUUGGUCAGUACACACAGGAGGGCGCCAUCACCUGCUGGACCAACCUCAGCCCACUAUCAAAGGGAACUGGCUAUUCUAUCAUAGUGAUCCAGCUGUAUGCYCGACWCWMMAUCAYUGUUCUGGCCUGGGCCCUCCUCUACCUCAUCCACUGUUUCAGGGCCACUCUGCCCUGGGCUACGUGCAACAAUCCCUGGAACACAGCCUAG